CGCUUGAAUAACAAAGAUAAAUCUAGUAAAUUCCGUCCUGUGCAAUAUCUUAUAUUCGUUUGAUUCAAUAGCCCAUAUUCUUCAAAGUUAGCGCAUAAAAACAAAUUGUGAGCUUAUAAUUAACGCGAGCUCAUAGUUAUCAAUAAACGUUUUGUUAACGUCUUCAGAACGAAUAGAUUCGCUAUGGUUUAAUGACUUUCCAUUCCAAUAAGAGUUGGAUGCAGAACCUUCAGUUUCGAAAAGAGAUAAAACAGAAUUUACAUCUUAGUCCGCUACUACUUAAAAAAAUCCCGUAACAAUGACGUCACGUCCGCCCGUUGACGACCGAUUGAGAUCCCCGGCGUUCUCUAGACGCAUGAACAUGAACGCCGUCACCCAUAGCGACAGCGACUCCAACACCACACGCACACCCUCAAUUGUCAAACUGGAGAACCUCCAUAUGGAGCCUUCCCAAGAAUACACGGUGGCUAUUGUUGACCCGGUAUACCACCGCCACCACUCCAACAACAACAGCACGCACAGGUCAGUGCACAAUAAGACGCCGAUACAUUCAUAUCAAGCUGACAAAACGGAAGUGCGUCAGAAAACGCUAGUAUUCGUAACAGUAGUGUACCUGAAGAUUGGUGAUAUCGACACGAUAAAAGAAAACUUUGAAGCUGAGGUGUUUAUCCAAGCCAAGUGGCGCGAACCACUACUGGACCAUAUUGAGAAAAAAGUGACAAAUUUCAAGCACUUUUGGAAUCCCGAGUUGAUCAUGCAGAACACGCUCGAUGAGCCUAAAGCACGUGUUUGGCACGAGGUGCACUUGACUGACAUGGGCGAGGCGUAUAUUUUGGAAAGGAGGAAGAUCAAGGGAAAAUUUAACGAGACGAUGGAGCUCAACAAUUUCCCCUUCGAUAUCCAGGGCAUUUCCGUUGUUAUAUCGUCUGAACUGAGCACGUCUCGGGUAAAACUUGUGGAAAACAACGAGGACCUCAGUUAUAUCAAUGUCGACUGCUUCUCCGAUAGCCAGGAAUGGAUCCUCCACGAUUUCAUGGAAUUGGAGACAACUGAGAUCUCGGCAAACUACACGAAAUCUCGCGAUAAAUACUCGGCACUUGUAGUUACGUGUUGCGUAACCAGAAGACCUGGCUUCUUUGCAUGGAAUAUUCUAGUUGUUGUGAAUCUGCUGAGUAUCUUUGCCUUUACAACAUUCGCCGUGGAUUCAAAGCUUACACCGAACAGAUUACAGUUGUCGUUCAUCCUGAUUUUGGCGGCAAUCAGUUUCAGGAACGUGGCCAACCAGAGCAUCCCCAAAAUUUCAUACCUUACUCACUUGGACCGGUACAACCUGAUAUCGAUGGUCUUUCAAGGCUUUAUCUGUUUCUGGCACGGCAUUGUCUCUCGGUUCGACUACGAUGAAACCCUGCAGAGCAAGCUAGACUUCUGGGCCUUUAUUAUCUUCCUCGUCGUCUACUUCAUCUACAACGUCGUCUUCAUUGGGCUUAUGUCAAAACAGCACAUACAGAAUAUGAAUGAGAUAAGAAACCGAGAGGACAAGUUUAAGGCAAAAGCACGUCGCAUCCUGGGUGACAGUUGGGCAGCGUUGCGCACAGAAGAGAAAGCCACGCCGAGUUUGCUUGAGAGGAUCAACUCAUCCGCUUCUACGAAAACUGUUCGUCGAAAGGAAAUUAAUGCAUAAUACGUUCAGAAGAAAACGUCUUUAUAACUAAAAGUUCAGAAAAAAACUUCGUUCAAACGAAAUUACAUUAGGAUAUGUGUUAUCGUUGCGUUGGGCUAAGAAUACAAACAAGCACGACACGCAUCUUUAAAGUUAUUCAAAUUAUCGGUUCUGACAGGUUUAGUUUGUCGAUCAUGUGAUGACAUUGUAAAAUCUUGUUGUUAUAUUAUGACCCAUUAAUAAUCAGAUCGCUAUGGGCUGAAAUAAACAAAAAAGAUAA